UAGUUGCUAAUGCUAAUGCUAUAAAACAGGUCUGGUAGCUUGCCCAGUCGUCACAAUGUCCGCGUAGAGAAAAGCAACAGAACUGUCACUACACGUGGAAAUUCAGGUGAACAUGCGGGAAUGUGACAGCUUAUAGGAGAAGCCGACAAUGGACAAGGAGAGUAAACGGUCACCUGCCUUAGACCGUACAAACCAGAGGAGGCAGAAGAAUGGGCCCACUGAGCCUCACACACCAUCUUCAACCAACCUGGUGUUGCCAAAUCCACAUGUGUCCCAGCAGGCUCUCAGAGGGAGUGGCUCAAGCCCAAAGCUCCAGGGAUCCAGAGGUUUUGCGUCCAGGGGUCGUGGUUACAGCAAUAGCCUACCUGUCAGUGGCACCAGUGAAAGUCUCCUGCAGAGAGACAGAUCUACAGGGGACCCACAGGGAAAGAACACAAAGAGGAAUGAUUCUCAAGGAAGAACCACAGGAAGAAACUCAGUGGAUUCACAGAGAAAAGGUUUCAGAGGCGCCAGGUCAGCCCCAAGCUCUGCAGGGAAGCCAAAAUCAGCACAGACUCUCUCAGCCCUGUUUGAGGUGAAAAUGGCUGAUUUCCCGGAGUUAUCAGGCGUUUCAUCGAGCAAAACAGCCCCUCCUGUUUCCCAGACGGACUGCUGGGGUCCAAGUCCACCAUCCACAGACCCCAAAACUCCUCAACUGGCAUCUUCCUGGAAGUCUCACGGGAGAGGAUCUUUUCCUGAACCCCAACAAAGUGCCACAGAUGUUCAGUCCGAUGCCUCUGUUGUCCCUCCAGCUCAGCCUGUGGUCGCGUCCUGGGCUAACAUCGCAUCGCAACCCCCAAAGAAACCUGUUCUUAAAGACAAGACAAUCAGCAACAACCACAUGGAGUUGGAGGAUGUGUCUGAACAGCAGGAGGAAGGGUCUGCCAGGAAGAAAAAGAGGAAGAAAAAGAAGGGUAAAGGCACAACGGAGGAUGUUAUAGUCCAGGCAGAAGAACCACGAAUGCCUCAAGAGCCUCCAAAGUUUGAGGAUGAAGAAGAGUUCCCUGGCUUGGCUCCUGCUUCAGUCCGAGCUGACAGGCUGCUCCUCAGCAGCAGUGUAAAGCUAUGCAAUGAGGGAAACCAAAGAGAAGGAGACCAGCACCCCUCCAGGGACCAGAACACUGAGAAACCCCCGACAGCAAAGAGUCAGUCAACAGAAACCACCAAGAAAGGGCAGAAAGCUGAAAAGGUCUCUGGGAAGAAAAGCAAAGUGCCUGUCCAGCUCGACAUUGGAAACAUGCUGGCUGCCCUGGAAAAGAAGCAACAGUCUCAGAAAGCCAAACAGGAUGCCAAACCGCUCAUCCUCUCAGUUGGCGGAGGACUUCCAGUUGUUCAGAAACAACAGUCAGGCCUGAAGAAGCCUCCCUGGCAGCAGGAUAAGAUCGCUCAUAAUCCCCUGGACUCCACCAGCCCUCUGGUAAAGAAAGGCAAGCAGAGAGAGGUGCCCAAAGCCAAGAAACCCACUCCUCUCAAGAGGGUUAUUUUGAAAGAGAGAGAGGAGCGAAAACAGAGGCGUCUGCUGGAGGAGAGAGGACUGCUGCCUGAAGAGGAGUCCAGACCUCUCCAUGAUGCCACAGAGGAAGAAGAGCAGUGUGACACGAACGACACCGAUGAGGUGGACGGCCCUCGGGAGGAGUUGGACGAUGAGACGGACUUGAACGACACGAGUCAGAUCGCAGAAGACGGUGAUGAAGAGACUGGAAUAGAAGAGAGCGAGCAGCAGCAAGUCACCUCAGCCGAGUCCCACACAGCACACACACCUAAGAUCCACAGCAGAAAGUUUAGAGACUACUGCAGCCAGAUGCUGAGCAAGGACGUGGACGAGUGUGUGAGCACCCUGCUGAAGGAGCUGGUCCGCUUCCAGGACCGCUUGUACCAGAAGGAUCCCAUGAAGGCCCGCAUGAAGAGACGCAUCGUGAUGGGCCUCCGGGAAGUCCUCAAGCACCUCAAACUCAGGAAAGUCAAGUGCGUCAUCAUCUCGCCCAACUGUGAACGCAUCCAGGCCAAAGGCGGUCUGGACGAGGCUCUGCACACCAUCAUCGACACGUGUCGAGAGCAGGACGUGCCCUUCGUCUUCGCUCUGUCCAGGAAGGCUCUGGGCCGCUGUGUCAACAAGGCCGUGCCCGUCAGCCUGGUGGGCAUCUUCAACUACGACGGCGCUCAGGACUUCUACCACAAGAUGAUCGAGCUGUCGUCCGAGGCCAGGAGAGCCUACGAGCUGAUGGUGUCGGGCCUGGAGCCGAGCGGCCAGGCGGAGACGGAGCAGGAAGCGAACGCUGACGAGCAGCAGAUCAACACCGAGGAGCUGAAGCCUGAUCAGGACUGCACACUGCCAGAGGAACCAGAGUACAUAAAAGUUUGGAAGAAAAUGCUGGAGAAGAGCUGCAGCCAUGCGAUCCUGACCUUCGAGGAGCAGCUGAGCUCCCUGCACUUCAACAGUGAAUGUACUGAAAACAGUGAGGAAGACGAGAGGAGUUGACAGUGGUGAAGCCUUCUGUGCCUUAA